UAGCACAACCCACUUUUCAUUGCAUCUCUGUGAAUGUGAACCAAGACUCUGACUACGGGAGAGGAAAGCUUUCAAUACAUAUAUUUUUUAUAUAUAGAUGGCAAGUGAGCGCUGAAGUCACCCCAAAAUCAAUAAGAUUAAUCCUGCACUAUGGGUCCCAAAUACAAAACUGUUUUUUACGUAAGUAAAACAGCAGCAGUUCUGGUCACAAUGCUAUUUGCUGCUUUACUGAUUAGCGUUACCAUUUUGGCUGCGCUUUAUACAAUAUUAAGAAUAGGACAUGGCAAUGUGACUAUACACAAAGAGCCAACACAAGUACCAAUAGCUUUCAGAAGCAAUUUUGCCGCUACAACCCAAAAGUCCAGUCGCCCUGGGAUUUGGGACCACUACCGACUACCUCAGACCCUGGCACCAAUGAACUACCAGCUGGAGCUUUGGCCGCGUCUAGAUCCUGAUCAAGAUGGGACUUACCGUUUUACCGGUGAAGCCAACAUCACUUUCCAGUGCAAAGCUGAAACAGAUGUCAUUUUACUUCAUAAUUCCCAUUUGAAUGUCACAGUCGUUCAACUGGAAAUCGUUUCAGGAGGUACAGAGGUUUCUUUGGUCCUAGAUGUUUGGAAAGCCGAAGUUAAUCUUUAUAUGGUGCUCGAACUGAAUACAACUUUGAAGAAAGACAGCCUGUAUGUUCUGAGGCGUAUUUUUACUGGAGCAAUCAGGGAGAAAAUGUACAUGUACGGACUUUUCAUAAUUCAUUAUAUAGACGAAGGACGAAACAUGUCUGUUGUUGCAUCCCAAAUGGAACCCACCUACGCAAGAUCUGUUUUCCCCUGCUUUGACGAACCUGCAAUGAAAGCCACUUUCGAUGUCAGGAUUGUCCAUCUUUACAAUUAUGUUGCACUUUCAAAUAUGCCUGCUGUUGAUGUAACAGUAAGAGAUGAUGAGAAUGGACACAUAUGGAAUGUUACAACAUUUAGUAUGACACCAAAGAUGUCUACUUAUAUAACAGCUUUUGUAGUUUGUGAAUUUGAUUAUGUUAGCAAGUCUGAAGGAAGUAACAAGAUACGUGUUUGGGCCCGUAAAAGCUCUAUUCAGAAUGGCGAGGCUGAUUAUGCUUUAAAUGUCACAGCGCCAAUCCUAACACAUUUGGAAAAUUUCUUUAAUGUGAGUUACCCACUGUCAAAAACAGAUCUUGUUGCCCUGCCUGAUUUUACUGCCAGUGCGAUGGAAAACUGGGGGCUCAUGGUUUACAUGGAGGAUUCUCUGUUACAUAACCAAAUGAAAGCUUCUCUGGAUCAAAGAGCAGUCAUUUGCACUGUUAUUGCACAUGAGCUUGGACAUCAGUGGUUUGGAAAUCUGGUCACUAUGAACUGGUGGAAUCAUUUGUGGCUAAAGGAGGGUUUGGCAACAUUUGUUGAGUACUUAGUCCCUCAUUAUGUGGAUCCUCAAAUGAAGUUGAAUGAACUACAUGCUUUCGCAGACAUGCAGGAGAUGUUUUCAACAGAUUCAUUUCUGAUGUCUCGGCCUCUGACAGUAAAAGAAGAAGAAAUAAGAUCUCAUCAAAUACUCCCUAUGUUUGAUUUGGUGACUUACAAUAAGGUAUAGUAUCUGCAGCAAAAUAGUUCUACAUUGCAGUGAA